AUGGCAAAUGUCCCCGACUUGGUCCAAAAGCCCCUCCCCGUCAGGCAUCAAAUGAACCACCAGAACCAUCAGCCAAAUAAUGUAACUAAAGUCGACCAAGACCACCUCCUCCCACCACGGACCAGCCGAGGCAGAGUAUCAGACAUUUUCUCCUCCAAAUAA